GACCGGGGGAGGGAGGGGAGCAGAGCAGCAGUGUAGGAAAAGAGGAGGAAGCAGCAAGGAUGGCGGAGUCACACCUCUGAAGCAAACGUCGAAGGAAUUUUAAAAGAAAAAAACAAACCUUCAUUAACCUUUGCAACGGGAAAGAGCUUCCAUCCGAAGGUCCUGGGAUCGUGUGCUGUUCAAACACUUAAGCAUGUGGCCUAUGGAUGCCACAAUCCAGCUACUUCAAAGGAUUUUUUCUCCCAUGGCAUUUUAACAAAGGGACAAAGUAUCAUAAGUAUCCAAAAAGUCUUUGGAUCCAAAGGCCUUUAUUCCAAGGGUAAUUGUAAAUGUGUGGGCCUGCACAGGAAUGUGUUUUUUAAAAGCCUCUUUGGCUGUCUGUCCUGUUUUUUUGGAAUAAGUGACCUGACAAGAGAGACUCCCAUGAGCAAUCUUGUAGGUUCCCCGAUAACGUCGACAUGAGUAGUACUUUAGGUAAAGAUAAAGAAACGAAAGAAAAGGACCCCAAAGGUGGUCCGGCCGGCUUAGUGAAGGAUGGGGGCAAAGACCCGAAGACCAAAGGGAAAGAUGCCAAAGAAGGAAAGAAGGACACCAGCAGCUCAACACCAGGUGUUGCCUUCUCCGUUGACAAUACGAUAAAGCGGCCAAACCCAGCAACAGGUACACGCAAGAAGUCCAGUAAUGCAGAGGUGAUCAAAGAGCUUAACAAAUGUCGGGAGGAGAAUUCGACGAGACUGGAUUUGUCCAAGCGGUCCAUUCACACUCUGCCCACUUCCAUUAAGGAGUUGACACAGUUGACUGAACUCUACCUAUACAGCAAUAAGCUGCAGAGCCUGCCAGCUGAGGUGGGUUGCCUAUCAGGCCUGGUCACUUUGGCCCUCAGUGAGAACUCCCUGACCAGUUUGCCUGACUCCCUGGACUCCCUGAAGAAGCUUCGAAUGCUUGACCUCCGACAUAACAAGCUAAGAGAGAUACCACCAGUCGUCUAUCGCUUGACAUCUUUGACCACGCUGUACUUGCGCUUCAAUCGCAUUACAACAGUGGAGAAGGACAUCCGAAACCUAUCCAAACUCACCAUGCUCAGCAUUCGUGAGAACAAGAUCAAACAGCUACCCGCUGAGAUAGGGGAGCUAUGCAGCCUCAUUACUCUGGACGUUGCCCAUAACCAGUUGGAACACCUACCGAGGGAGAUUGGAAAUUGCACACAGAUAACUAACCUCGACUUGCAGCACAAUGAGCUCUUGGACCUCCCAGAGACUAUAGGAAACUUGGCAAGCAUAAAUCGCUUAGGUCUGAGGUACAAUAGAUUGUCAGCUAUUCCCAGAUCUUUAGCGCUAUGUCGAGAACUGGAGGAGCUAAAUCUUGAAAACAACAACAUUUCAGUGUUGCCAGAGGGUCUGCUGUCAAGUUUGGUCAAUCUGACGAGUUUAACACUGGCAAGAAACUGCUUCCAGUCGUACCCUGUGGGUGGGCCAUCCCAGUUCUCAACCAUUUACUCUCUCAACAUGGAGCACAACCGUAUCAACAAGAUACCCUUUGGCAUCUUUUCCAGGGCAAAAGUGUUAAGCAAGCUUAACAUGAAGGACAACCAGUUAACAGCACUGCCUUUGGAUUUUGGUACAUGGACUAGCAUGGUUGAACUUAACCUGGCCACCAAUCAGCUGACUAAGAUCCCAGAGGAUAUCUGUGGUCUUGCUUCUCUGGAGGUGUUAAUUUUGUCCAAUAAUCUUCUCAAGAAGUUACCACAUGGUAUUGGGAAUUUGAGAAAGUUAAGGGAGCUUGACUUGGAGGAAAACAAGUUGGAAUGUCUACCUAAUGAAAUCGCUUAUCUGAAAGAUUUACAGAAACUGGUGUUGACAAAUAAUCAGCUGACUAUGUUACCCAGAGGAAUCGGCCACCUCCUCAACCUGACUCAUCUGGGUUUGGGGGAGAACCAGCUGCAACACCUUCCGGAGGAGAUUGGCACACUGGAGAACUUGGAGGAACUGUACCUCAACGACAACCCCAACCUGCACAGCCUUCCAUUUGAGCUGGCCCUCUGCAGUAAACUGUCCAUCAUGAGCAUAGAGAACUGUCCCCUCACCCAUCUGCCACCCCAGAUUGUCGCAGGAGGCCCUUCCUUCAUCAUUCAGUUCCUCAAGAUGCAGGGACCAUACCGUGCCAUGGUCUGAGCCAAGAGCAGCUCAAUGCCAGUCCUGAUUAACUGCAAACCCUCCACUUGCUCUGCACCCUUUUGCCUGCCCACCCUCAUUAUGUGUAUCAUACACUGUAAAGAAAACACACUCGUCACAACAGGUGUCGGUGGGGCAAAUAAAAAGAGGAUACUGAGGAGGAAAAUGUUUCUUUUUAUCAUCCUUGGGCAGAAGCAAAGCAAACCUUUGGAGACUUGACUUCUGUGUUUCUCCAGUUUAUCACGGUCAUUUUAGGACGCCAGUCCAUCACCCGUAACUCGUCUUUCAUUCCGAAUCAUACAAGAGGAAUUAUUUCCAUCUAUUUGCCAAAACUGAAGAUAUAUAAAGUUAUAUAUAUUGAGUAACUGUGAGCUAAGUGGCAAGUCUUUCAACCAUAUAAACCAUGCUCCCAUUGCCAAUGUAUUUACGGUAAUUACAAGCAUCUAUUAUGUGAGCAAGGAUACAAUUGUAUGCAAAAACAAACAAAAAGUCUUUGGAACUUUUAAUUUACUGCUGCUGCCGUGAUUUUUAACGUCAUCUUGUUAUAUAUUCUUUUGACUCUCCCAUUUUUAAAACAUUUUUUUUAAACCUCAUCUUCCCUUGACAUAAAUUGUGUUAAUUGCUUCUUGACUAUAGAGAACAAAGGUCUAAUGAUGGUGUUCUUUUUUUUUUUUUUUUUUUUUUGGCAUUUUGUUUUGUUUUCUUUUUUUAACCUUUUAAUUUUUUUUUAAAUGUGCCUAUGUCUAGAGUGAACCAGUGGUUUAUUUCUAAACACGGUUGACCACAAGAGUACAAAGACAUAAAUUAUUUCGGUAACUUUUUUUUUUUUUUUUAAAUUACUGCUGUUACUUUUUGUUUUUACUUUUUUAGGGUCUUUUUUAAAAAUAAAUAGCAGCAGGAGAUAGUAAAUGCAUACAUAGAGAAAUGCCAAUCACACAUGCUUGAAAAACAGAAGCAACUUGGACUUUUCUCCAAAGCAGGCAGUGCUGUGGGCCCUGUCUAUAUUGAUUUUAUGUGACAAAAAGGUAUUGAGAAACAUCAGCGCAUACAUAGGUGAUGGGAUAAAUGAUGUUUUUAUAUAUUAAUACAAAUACUGGUUGUUGCCUUGAGUGCAAUUUUUAGUUAUGUUUACUUGUUUGAUAUUAUCUUCAGUGUUGGGUUGCAUAGCUGUCAUCCAGUUGAUCAUUGACCAACAUAUCAAGCGUUUUUAAAAGACGUUUUGAGCUUCUGGAGCAAGUGGUGAGUGUAUGAGAGUUUAAAAAAAAAAAAAAAAAAAAAGAAGAAAAACAUUUAUAAUAAAACAUUGGCCGGUAACUUCUUGAAAGUUCUUUCUUUUUUCUUUUUAAAAGAUGUCUUUAAUUUUCUGUAGUUUGUUUUCACAGGGUCGAGUUAAGAAUCUUAAUAGCAUCAUGCAAACUAUUCCCUUGAUUUGUAUUGAUUUGUAACUUAAUUUUUUUUAAAGAUAUCUUUGUUGUCCCACACUGUCCCAGCAAUGCUGCUGCUUGUAUGCACUUUUUAUUUGCAUUCUCUAUAUUAAGACAAAAAAAAAAA